CGGCCAAUCAAGGGAGCCGCCGCGCCAAAGUCAAAUACAUUCAAACGGUGCACGUUUGCAAGUUUGGUCGUUUGUUCUUCACGCGCACAUUUGUGUAUAAAGUCAGAUUUUCACUUUGGUGUACCCGAGUAUAUCAAGAAACCUUAUAUUACGCAGGACGGACUUGCACUGCAAAACACAAAGAAUGGAGCAAGUAGUAAGAAAGAGUAACAAGGAGAACACCAAACCACCUUGUGACUCAAGAAAGCAGGCCAUCAGCAGUGUUGUGUCAAAACAAAAAAUAUUAAGCAAAUCAGUACCUUUUCAAUCUAAGCCUGACCUAAAGGAGGAUAAUUCUGGAAGGGAGAAGGAUGCUAGACCGAAGAUCAACACUAAGGAUGCCAACCCAACUAGGCGGCAGACCAUAAGUCAGGCUUUCCGUACCCAGCAGUCUGUGCGAACCAGAAAGCUUGUGGAAGAAGUGCAAAAACCACCAUCUACUGUACUCCAGAAAUCCAAACCUGGUACAUAUAAAGGCCGUGUGGUACAGUCGAAAAUCGACUGCUUCAGAAAACCCAGCACUGAUGUGAAGACCGCAGAAAAGAAAGUGAUCUCAAAGCCAGAUGUGGCCAAACCGAAAACCGAAUUGUCUAAAGUUCGAUCCAAGUCCGUCACUUCCCUGCCAGCCUCCACUAGACCCGCACUCAAUUCUGCAUUUUCAUAUAGAACCAAAUCUGUGUCCGAUUUUACUGAAAAACCACUCCAGAGGUCCGUGUCCCAAAAACCGAUUCCUCCAAAGGUUCCGGCCCCUACCUGUCCAGCAGGUCGCCAACAGGUGCGUCCUCCCAGGCCGGCCCCUCUAACCACAGGGCGCUCGGUCGCCAGCAAACCCAUUGCCUCAAAGAGGAAUGAAGCGGUGGUACAGGGGGCAAAACCUAAACCUGCUGUGGCAACCACUGAACGGAACGUGCGCAGGCCUGUCACGAGUACGCUCAGCCAGUAUAGAGUGCAAAUGGAGACUGCUGAUGAGAGAAGAGCAAAACUUGCAGAGUGGCUGGCAUCAAAAGGCAAGAUGUUGAAGAGACCUCCAGUCCCAGAAACGGCAACCAAUUCACGCAAACCCGCAACACAGCUUAAAUCUGGACCAAAAGCUGCUAGCAUUGCCCAGCCUGCGCCUGUUAACAAGCCGGUGUCCGUUUCACUGGCCCCUGGAGUGAAAAUGGACCGCCAAAAGGAUGACACUAAAAUCCAAAAGGGACCCUCCUGCAGAUCAAGUAAUAUUAUGAAUACCACACUGGACUUGCUUGACAACAGUGAUAUGGAUCUGCCGGUUGACCCGGAAAUAAACAUGGAAUCUUUGGUCAUCAACUUGUGUGAUAAAUUGGAGGCAAUGGAAACACCCUCAGCGUGUGAAGAUAACACAAAUGAGGUUGGUAAAGCUGAUGCGCUGACUGGUGAAAACACGGUGGAGGAGCAGGAAACUGAUAAAGGGUUUGAAAUUUUGGAAGAGGAAGAACUAGACGAAGAGGAAAACAUUACAGAGGCUGACAUUAAGCAUGAAGAUAAGGAAACCAAAGAGAAGAAGCCAAAUGUGAGUGAAGAUGACGAUAGUGAGGAGGAAAUGGAAGGGGCAUCCAUUGUGAAGUACAAUGUAAAAACAACUCCAUAUUUACAAAGUGUGAGAAAGCGAAUCGAAUGUGAAUCCGCACCAGGCAGCGGCUCACGCCACAAGAGCACCAUCAAAGACCUGAAGUUCCUCACUCCUGUGCGAAGAUCAACACGAAUCCAGCGUAAGUCCUCACGUCUGCCAGGUAUGCUGAACGACCACGACACGUGUGUCUCCUCUUUGGCUGAGCUCGUGCAACUGGACGAUGCAGAUGCAAGUGCGUACAUCUACAGAAAAAACCCUGCUCUCCUGGAGGAUCUUCCUGAUCAGCCUGGAGACUUUGGAAAUGUUUGCAGUUAAGGAAUGUAAGCUGAUCCGACGUAUUUAAAAAAAAGAGAGAGGUCACUUCUGAAUGGUGAACCUGAGGAUUGGACUUUUACAGCACAUGUUAUGCCCAAAUCUUAACUGUUUUUUGUGACACUAUUAAAAAUGUAAUAUUUUAAUAUUUAAGUGUUCGUUGCAUUUGGCUGCUAUAUAGAGUAAACUGUUAAGCAGGAGUGUGGCGGCCAGAAGUGUCCAUGGGGGUGGGGCCAAAAGCAUAGUGUAUGAAAACCAUAACAAAUUGCUAACAUAAACUGAGCAGAACUUGCAUUUAAUCAUACUUUAUAUAUAUUAAAGUUAAUGUGUUAUAAGACUUUUUAUUUUAUACAUCUAUGUGGUACUAAUGUAUAAUAUGGUCCCAGCCUUAGCUUCACCACUGCUUUUAACCGUGUUUGAUGGCUUAACAGCUUAAGGACAAUAAAUGUACACUAACACAUUUGUGAAGCCCUCUACUGUAUCUAUGCCAUGCUAAUAUGAAACCGAGGUUAUCAUACCAUUGUGUUUAAAAAGAGCUAGUUUUGUAGUAUAUAAUAUUAAAAUAGCACUGCUUUGUUCAUUGUGUAUAUCUAAUGUGUAUAUCUGAAGAAAUAAUCUAAAAAGUGGGAGUUGUCUUGUUGUUUUUUUUUUUUAGAAGUAUCAAAAAAAUGAACAAACCAAAAGAUUUAGUUAUUUCCCACAAGCAUGAUAUUUCUUUGAAGGAUGUAAAAUGCUGUAAAGCUAAAAUUGUUUUUGUUCAGAUGUAUUUUUUUAGUUUUUCUUUUAGUUUCUCACCUUGGAAUGUGCAAUUAUUUCUGAACAUGUAGUAGGCUACGUUAAGCAUUUGAACUAGUUAAAGUGUUCUUUACAAAGGAUUACAUUAGUCUCACACUAUUGACCAUGUCUUUUUAAAGGCAAGAACUUUGUGGUAUUUUAAUUUGAGAAAAGCUUAUUGUCUUGCUCAGUGCACAAUUACACUGUUAUCUGAAUAAAGACUUUAAAUAAAAAUACAUUUCUGA